AUGGGCAAAUCGCGACGACCGCGUGUGACAAUACCGACAAGGAUAUUUGUCUUCUGCGAAGGAACGGGACAGAACGCGACUCAAAACACGGAACCCACGCAAGAUACAAAUGUCCAACGAUUCAAGACAUGCGUGCCCGAGUCAAGAUUUGUCAAGAACGUUGGUGUGGCCGGUGUAGGAACUCAUGCGCCUGAGAAUGCCGGUAGGAUGAGCGUUCCAAAGAUAGUGGACAAAGGCUACCAGGCUACUGGAGGAGAUAUUCACUCCAUCAUCCAUGACCUGUACUUCGACCUCUGCGCAAAGUAUGAGAACAAUGCCGGCGCAGAAAUUCACUUGAUCGGGUUCUCAAGAGGUGCCUUUGCAGUGCGUAGUCUGGCCUGUCUGAUUGACAACAUGGGUUUGCUCAAAGAAAAGUACGUGACGAAGCACUACAAGGAAGUUUACGAGAUCUGGUCAUCACAGAACAAAACUAGCUUAACCAGUUGGGCUGAAGGAAAGAGAGGCUCUCUGGCGGUUCAUCCUGUCAGCAUCACCAGCUGUGGGGUCUGGGAUACCGUAUCCGCCAUCAUGGCAUCGCCCACCCUUCCAUUUGCGAAGACAUCACCCACCCUCUCAUUUGUGAAAGAUACGGUGCCCACCAACCUGAAAUUUGCAUUCCAGGCGCUAGCGCUGCACGAGUCAAGACACUUCUACAAGCCGAUACUUUGGAAACAUGAUCCAAAGGUUACACAGUUCCCCUGUAUUCUUACGACUGGCUCUACUCGACUCAUGAGUCGAAAUGACGCUGAGCAGCGAUCCGUGGCAUGGGUACUGGAUAUCAUGAAGAAGAAUGAGAUAGAGAAGGAGAAGGACGACGAAAACAACACAAAGCACGAUGGGAAGAAGAAGCGUGGAGAAAAGAAGAAAAAUCGUCCAGAUACCCUUAGAAUUUUGGAAGAUGAAACCACCGAGUGGGAGAACACAAUUAUCAACACGUGGACUAUGAAAGCACAGAAACUCGUUGACAAAGAAGUCGGUAACAUUUUCGAGAAAGGCAUCAAGGACUAUAAUAUGACUAUCGCCCAAAUCGUCCGUGGAUACAAAGAUACUCGCAAAGCUCGUGGCCUCAAUUCCGGACAGAUAUGGGACGCGUGUAAGCACAGAUUCAUGAUCCAAGAGGCGUGGCGCUGUAGUCUAGAAUGGUUUCUCCGUGAGAACAGGAAGCAAGGGACCUGCGAAGCCGCACACAAGGUCCUCUACCGUCCACCCGUGGAGGGAACCACUACCAAAGAGACGUUGGAUGACCCACAUAAUACCCCGGAUCCUCGUGACGGGAACUUGUCAGACGGGCCAGCGCUAUCCACAAGAGUCAAGAGCUUGGAGAAGAGGAAGAAACAGCAGAAGAAAUCAAGGACACUAUCCGAAGACGUCACUUCAUACGACAGUCAGCGCGUCAACAGUUGA